UACGUGGAAGCAACAUGGUCUCUCUCGUACAGGCGCCGAGCAUGCCGCCAUCCCUUCCGCAGAAGAGUCUGAAAAGAGACGCCUCGCAUCUGUCGUCACCAGCACCAGAAUCCAGCCAGAGCAAGAAACUGCGAGUGGCGUUUGACGACCGGGUCGACGUCCGAAUCAUGGACGACUGGACGGCCAAGCCGUUGGAUCUGGUCAAGGACGAAGUGAGAAGUGCACUCGAGGGCCACCUCAGGACCGGUGCCGACAAAGACGAUGGCGCAUAUGAACAGCUUAGGAUGGUCUUCAUCAGCGCCGCACCUUCGCGAUCCCACGACAGCGGCCCGGUCUCGUCACACACCGAAGCGCCCAGCACCGCCACGCUCAAGAAGUAUCUGGUCGCUCUGAGUGGUCGUGUGAGCGAUCUCAAGGCCUGUGGCAAGCUGGUACACGCCGUUCUCGACGUCAACUGGCUCGGCAGAGAUGAUGCUUUUGUAGCUCUUUAUGUACGCUUCCUUGGUACUCUAGGAAGUGCCGUGCCUGGAUUCCUCAGGACCGUGCUCGACCGCAUUGUGGGACACUUUGUCGAGGGCCGCAUCCCCAACGAACCUUACGUUCCUAGACAGCAGAUGAUCGUGCGAGUACACAACGCUCUUCGAUACCUGCUACGCCUCAUCCCAUCUGCCAACAGCGGUCUAGCCGAAUCCCUCCGCGGCCAGUUUCCAAACCACAGAACUGCCACUCGUCAAGGUUACAUUGCAUUCGUUAAAAACUCCCUUAAGACCAUCGAGUACGCCCCUGAGCUCAAGGCUGAAAUCCAGACUCUCAUUACUGAGCGCCUUGUCAAGCUCGAUGUUGAGGUACAAGAAGAGCUGGACGACCUGGAAGACGAGGUCGAUGAGGGCCGCGUGCUUGGACUUUCUGGUCUGUCAGAAGGCAAAGAGGAUGUAGACGACUCGGACGAUGACAGCGAUGCCGACUCGGACUCUUCAAGCGAGAUCAGCAUGACGCCCGAGGAGACUCAUCUCCGUGCUCUGCGCGACACUGUCGCCAAGCUCGAUUCAGUCCUAGAUCUCUUGUUCUCUCAUUACACUCCCACGUUUGCCAAUGGCAAGAUGUACGAGAUCAACGAUGCCUUUGAGCACCUGAUCUCGCAGUUCUCCACCUUUGUCCUGCCUACAUAUCGCUCGCGCCACACGCAGUUCCUCGUCUUCCACUUCGCCCAAAUGUCACAGGGCUAUGCCGAGCGUUUCGCUGGCGUUCUUAUUCGCCUUGCUACUGGCCGGAGCUCUGCUUCGAACGGUUCUUUGUCUGCUGCUGCCUAUCUGGCCAGCUUCAUCGCUCGUGGUGCCCGAGUGAGCAAGACACUUAUCCGCUCAAUAUUCACAAGACUUGGCAAUCAUCUGGACACAUUGCGCCGCAACCACGAAUCCGCAUGCGAAGGGCCUAAUCUCAGCCGUUACGGAACCUUCUAUGCGAUUGCUCAAGCUAUGCUUUACAUAUUCUGCUUCAGAUGGAGAGACUUCAUCAUGACCCCUGAUGACGCAGACGUCGAAAACUAUGAUAUCUUCGAGGAGGGUGAACCAGAGUGGCUUCCUGGCAUCAAGGAGUGCUUGACCCAAGCCAUCUACUCCAAGCUCAAUCCCCUCAAAGUCUGCGCGCCCGCCAUUGUUCACCAGUUCGGAGCGAUUGCCAACCAUCUUCGCUUUAUGUACGUCAUUCCUCUAUUGGAAACCAACAAGCGUCUGCGUCUGUCUUCUUUCCGUUCUAUGGCUGCACCUGCCAGCAGGGAUAUGGGCGCUGCCAGAAGAGAGAACACACUCAGUCAUCAAAGCGGUGAAGCUCACCAUCAGCUGGAUGCCUUCUUCCCCUUCGAUCCUUACCAAUUGCCCAAG